AUGAUCACGUAUCAAAGCCGUAUUCUCGCCUGCGAAGAAGCGUACGCCGGAAACGGCCGGGUUGAUCACAGCCUGUAUAAACGCUCAGAUAAGAAAAGCUGUAUGACCUAUGACUACAUUAGUUUGCUUCACGAAGAGGUAAGUCGUGCGCUUGUUCCACUACACGCCCCGCUUUGGAUACUAAUAACAUGCUGUUCAAAGUGGACAUUCCUGCUUCAGUCACGCUGGACUAAGCUGAAAGCCCUUUAUAUCGUUGCACGAUAUAUCCCCUUCUUCUUCAUCGCCACGGACCUAUAUAUGAUCUUCACCCCGAACGAGAACCCAGAUAAAUGCCGGAUGUUAAUCGAUAUUUACUCAUGUCUGGGAGUGAUAUCGCUCACUUGCUCUGAAUGCUUUUUUGUGCUCAGAACAUAUGCGCUUUGGAACAAAAAUCGAAAUUUACUUGUAACGAUGAUGUUCGCCCUGUUUUCUACCAUCAUAUUAUUCAUCGGUAUUUGGUUUACGAGUAUUGCUACCUCUGAUGUCACGACUAGCACGAUCCCAGGCAUUGUAGGCUGCUACCGAAGCUCGCGCAGCAUCUAUUUCUUCAUGCCGUUUCUUCUCUUGUUUAUGUUCGCACUGGGAUUGGCCUUCCUCACGCUCAUACGUGUCAUACAGAGCUGGCGGACAGCCAGGAGCCCUCUGCGUGCCAUCCUGGUGAAGCAUAAUAUGUUCUACUAUGCAUGUAGUCUAUUUCUCUCGGCCGUGAACGUCCUCAUACCAGUGCUAUUUUCCUAUGUUUCCGCAUAUUACUCCGUCCUCGAACAUUUGCAAGUCCUUGUCCUUGCGAUCCUAGCCACGCGCAUGCAUCUCAAACUUUGGCAUAGCGACCAGCACGUGCACGACUCUAAUGUCCUCUUAUAUAUUCCCAUGUCCAACAUGUCACCUACAGACUGUAUGAGUGAAGUUUGCCUUUUUGGACUGCAAGAUGACUGA